CUCACAGCGAUUCUUAUUUUAAUCUUAUACUUCAGUACUAUAUGGAUAGACUGCAGGGCUAAUGUAAAAUUAACCUGAUUUUGCUCGGCUAAUGAAUACUUAUUUGUUAUUGCAUUGUUCUAGAUGAAUGUCUUUAAAAAGGGCAGUUGGUCCAGUAAUUUCAAGGUGCACCAGGUGUGUACCAUGUUACCAUUAUAACACAGCACAGAAUAAGAACAUGGAGGACAGCCUAAGAAAAAUUGUAUCACCAAGUUAUCAGUUAACCUUCAAUGGUUAUGGUCAGAUAGUACUUGGUACACCUCCACAGUCCCUAAAUGAUAGUGAAAGACACACCUGUGAUAUUACACAAAUAGACCAAGUACACUACCCCAGCCAAGGUUCAGGGAUUGACAUGACAGCCCUACGAAAUGUGCAGCCAAACAGGGCAUGCUGGAUGCAUCCACAAAGCAGUGACCAAAUAAAGAUGGGUGCUCCAAGGCAGAAUUGGUCAAAUAACUGUGGAGUGUUUGUGUUGAUGUACACACUCUAUGUUGUAAUGGGAGGCAUCCUUGAUUUUGCUGAGUCUGACAUGGCUGCAGUAAGGAGAUGGUGGUGCUUGCUCCUGCUAACAAAUUAUCCUGUGAAAUCAGAUGCUGAAAGAAAGCUACUCAGAAAAAGGCGCAAAGAAAUGAAAACGGGUAUAACUUUAACUAAAAUAGGAGAAUUGGAAAAGGAAGUAGAAGCUGAUUACAUAAGUAAGCAGAUGCCACUUGAGAUCCUGAGACAUAUCCUCUUGAAUGUGGUCAAAGAAGAUGGAGAUGUGGCCUUCUUCAGACUGUCUCUGACAUGCUGGCUUUUCCAUGAUGAUGUUUGUGACGCAUCAUUCAGAAAAGACGCUCAUUUAGCCUGGCUUGACAGUGUUGUCAACUGGAGUGCAUACUCCAGUGACUACAAGGAGAUGUACCGAGUGCCAUAUAAAGUGACCAGUUGCCUUUGCUGUGGGACUUAUUUAAAGACUUCGCGCCAGGCUAUAUUGGAGAUGGAAGGAAAGGAAUCCUUCGUGCAUUUUACUUGACCAAAGAGUUUGAAGGUUACUGCUUCAUCUGUGACGGCAAUCACUAUAGCCCCAAGGACAACGAUUUAUAAAGUUAAAUAUGAAUUGUCACUUGAGUGACAAUUGCUUGAUCUGACUGCUGUGUUUGUAUAUUGAACUUAAAUUCAGGGUUUGUUUUCUUUUAUUAUUAUUUUUUUAAUAAAUGUACUUGCAUGUCUUGCAGACACUGAACAGCAAAUUAAGAGGAAUCUUAUGUACAGAUCACUGUU